CACAUGAUAUCAGAGUUACUCAUGUGUCAAGCUCGAGAGAGCCAUUCCAGCGUCAAGCCUAAGAUUAAAAAAAAUCAAAUUUUCGAAACCUAGUGGACUCUUUUGUAUUUUCAAGAAACUAAUGGUGGCACCACAUAAAUUUUCACAUUUAUAUAGAAAAUGGCGCGAUAGUUCCUCUUUGAGCUCCAAACUGUAUUCGCCGGCGAUGGACUUCAAAUGCUCCGAUUCGGAACAGUGGAAGGAGGCCCUAUCUUCUUACGGAGCCAGUAUCGAGUCACUUAACAAGCCUAACCUCGUCUCUCUCGAUGAUUUCUACCGGAAUGAGCUUCCCGGCGUUCUCCAGCAACGAAACCCUAGUUACAUCACAACUCCCGAACUCUCCAAGCUCAUGCAAUGGAAGCUUACAAGAGGCAAAUGGAGGCCUAGGUUGUUGGAUUUUGUGUCAUCACUGGACGAUGCUGUUGUGAGAUCUGCUUCGGAGAAGGCAUUUCAGUCUCUACCUGAUAUCUCAAAAGCUAUUUCGGCACUAACUGUCUUGAAAGGCGUUGGUCCAGCUACUGCCUCUGCUGUUCUGGCUGCUUAUGCACCGGAUAUUGCACCUUUUAUGUCGGAUGAAGCAAUGGUUGCUGCAAUUGGUAACUCAAAAGACUAUACUUUGAAACAGUAUCUAGUUUUAGUGGACAAAUUGCAGGCAAAAUCCAAGGAGUUAUCAGCAAAAGGAGACUCUUUUACUCCAUCAGAUGUUGAAAGGGCACUGUGGAGUUCUGUUGUGGGUGCCAAAUCAGGUGGGUUGUCACAAGAGCCUAAGGAUGUCAACUCAAAGCGGAAGUCCAAGAGGAAGCGCGCAUAGUGACUUUGACGUUGCUAGUCGAGUUCAAUAGGUGUUGAUCAAUCAGUAAGUUCAAAUCUAUUUUUGUUUGUAAGGAUUUUAAACUGCUUGUAUAUAUUGCUAAUGUAUACCCUUAAAGGAAGCACUUGUUAGUUGUGUUUCAUGUGUUUUAGGCAUACAAUCAAUGUCUAUAGCACUGCUAUGAGCGAUCUAUCCUAUCAACUGAUUAUAACUGUUGAAAUUGAAAAUCGAAUAACUUGGACAACUGAUUACUUUGU